CUUCAGACCAAGUCAUGGUGAAUGAAACAAAGACAUAUGAUUCAAUGAAGUAUGAUGAUGAUGGAGAAAGGAUUGUGAUGUUGUUUGGUGUCAACAUUGCAAAAAAACCCGCCAAAGUUGAUGACACCAUCAAGAACAUCAUGGAAGACAUCAAUUCUAUCCAUGGUGACAAUAAGAAUGAGAUUUCUAUUCAUGAUACUGGUGAAAGUUCCGACCAUGAAAAGAUGGAAAAGGAAUUUGAACAUCAGAGUGAGAACGAGAAUGGGAAUGACGAUGAUAAUAACAGAGUUCCAGAAUUAGAAUUAGCAAUUGGUCAAAGUGCUAACCAUGGAAAGAUAAAAAGGGAAUUUGAACAUUUAUAUGGGACUCAUUAUUUAUCUGGUGUUUAA